AUGAGCGCCACGACAACUGUCACCGAGACGCCAAGAAUUACGGCGGAGAAUGUCGCGACCCUCUUCCCCGAGGUCGACACCUCGCUCGCUCGUGAGGUUCUCCCGACUGCGACAAGUGCUGCCGCCGUCGGGUCCAGCGACGACCUGGCCGGCUACGAUGAGGAACAGGUCCGUUUGAUGGAUGAGGUGUGCAUUGUUCUGGAUGAGGACGACAAGCCUAUCGGUAGUGCCAGCAAGAAGGCCUGCCACCUGAUGACGAACAUCGACCGCGGCCUCCUGCACCGCGCCUUCUCGGUCUUCCUCUUCGACUCCAACAAGCGCCUGCUCCUGCAACAGCGCGCCACCGAGAAGAUCACAUUCCCGGACAUGUGGACGAACACCUGCUGCUCGCACCCGCUGGGCAUCCCCGGCGAGACGGGCUCGGAGCUGGACGCCGCGAUCCUCGGGGUCAAGCGCGCGGCGCAGCGCAAGUUGGAUCAGGAGCUGGGCAUCAAGGCGGAGCAGGUGCCGUUGGACAAGUUCGAGUUCUUCACCCGCAUCCACUACAAGGCGCCCAGCGAUGGCAAGUGGGGGGAGCAUGAGAUUGACUACAUCCUCUUCAUCCAAGCCGACGUCGACCUGAACAUCAACCCCAACGAGAUCCGCGACACCUGCUAUGUUUCGGCCGAGGAGCUGAAGCAGAUGUUCGAGAAGCCCGGCCUCAAGUUCACGCCCUGGUUCAAGCUCAUCUGCAACUCGAUGCUGUUCGAGUGGUGGAGCCACCUCGGCUCGCCGUCGUUGGAGGCCUACAAGAAUGAGAAGGAGAUUCGUCGGAUGUAG